AUGGAUACCAUACUGCAGCAGAUACCUAUGGCCACUGUUACAGAAACAUACCAACCAAUGGACACAGAUCUGGACACGGAUCCAGAAGAUUCCGUAGUUCCAACACCAAGUGAAAGUUCAGACUCUGACACAAUGGUCCAAUUAUCCAUUCCGCUUAUAAACAGCAGCAGCUCCAGUGAACGUUCAGAUUACUCUUUCUUUCCCAAUAUACCUACAGAAGAUGGAAAUAAUGCUAGAUAUAAAAACCCAAUAUGUACCCAUGUUGCUAAUAGACCGCAUACUCACGGACGUAUGGAUGUAAAACACAGCUGGAAAAUAGGAGUAGUGGGGAAAGCGAAAGGCAUGGGGCUAAUAUCAGCAAUGACCAUGCAUCGCGGCCACUACAUCCUCUGUGAAAAGGUGAUGGUGGUGGAGGAAACGUUGGAAUCAAUGGGAAAUUCCAUCAAAGACUAUAACAAAUUGCUGGCAGACCAACUCAAGGAAGUAAGAUAUCCGGACUUUAUUCACCUAUUCUUUAACCUGCCAAAAGAUUCAGAAGAAGAUAAGGGAAAGUUUGGUGCCUAUUUCGAUAAAAACUGCAUCCCAUGCCCGACGUGUGACAACCCCUAUGCUAGAGCACUUGGACCUAAGCUGCACUAUCUCAACCAUUCUUGUUCCCCAAAUGCUCAGCCGACACUUAUUGAGCGCACGGCCAAUGGUGUUAAAGAAUAUUAUGUGAUUGUGCGUGCAAGUAGGAAGAUAGGGCAUGGUGAAGAAAUCACUAUAGCAUAUACAGAUAAUUACCUGCCACCCGCCUGGAGGAAAGAGAAAAUGAAGCAAAUUUUUGGAUUUGAGUGUGCCUGCAAAUGUUGCAUGUACCCUGAUCCAUACUUAGAAAAGAGCUUUGCAUUUAUUGGUAAACGGAUCCUCAUCACGGCUUCAUUAGAGAUUAUGCAGCAGAAACCAGCCCUGUCAUUUAAAAUUGCAUACGCUAUUUGGGCGAAGUUCAUUCAGAAUGAGUUGACGGACAGUCGAUGCGCUGGCCUUAUGUGGAAUUGUGCGGAGAAGGCUGUCUAUCAUUCAGAUGCAGGCCGAGCUAUGAUAUUUUUGACCAUUGGCAAAUCAAAUCUCUUGAAGCUUCAAGGGAGAUAUGGGCCAGAUAUGAGGAGGCUUUGCCAUGCGGAAUCAAACCUUGAAUCAAUGAUAGCUCAGAGUCCGUCUAAACGGGGUUUAUCAACACGGGAAGAUGGAGAACUCAUUGAUGUUGACGGCAGAGGAUGGAAAAUCUUAUUCAUGCUGGAUGUACCUGAUGACGACUAUCUUACUUUGUCUAGCCUUAGAAAUCAGCAGGUCAAGGACCCUGCGGUUGGACAUUUUGAGACAACCGGGCAAGAAAAGCAACCUGAGGAGGAAUCAAAGGAUGACCUCUCUGAAUUUUUAGAGGCUCUCAGCUUAGAGAAAAAGAAAUAUGACGAGAUUAGGUUGCAGAAGGGGAAAGACAACGGGAAGAAACAUAAGAAAAAGCGUAAGAAUAGGAAGGUUAAGUGA